AAAAUGAUAUUCAUCCAGCAUUCCUGAAUAAUAAGAAUGGGUCCAGAUGUACCUCUGCUGAAUGAUUACAAACAGGAGUUCUUCUUGAAGCGCUUUCCACAGACUGUGCUGGGAGGUCCCCGGUUUAAAUUAGGCUAUUGUGCCCCUCCUUACAUAUAUGUGAAUCAGAUUAUUCUUUUCUUGACACCAUGGGUUUUGGGAGGAGUAGGAACGCUUUUGUACCAAUUAGGCAUUAUGAAAGACUAUUAUGCUGCAGCACUUUCAGGAGGACUGAUGUUUGUUACUGCACUUAUUCUUCAGAUGACAAAUCUAUACGCAAAACAGAAAACAGUGAGAGUAGAAAGAAUGCAAAUUCAGAGUACCCUAACAGAUGAAGAUGAGUUUGAAUUUUCCAGUUGUAUAGGUUCAGAGACAGUAAAAUUUAUUAUUCCUGGCAAGAAGUAUAUAAUCAACACUGUAUUUCAUUCUCUUCUGGCAGGGGUAUUGUGUGGGUUGGGAACUUGGUAUUUGCUGCCGAACAGAAUAACCUUGCUGUAUAGCAAUAUUGGAGGAACUGUUAUGAUCUUUGUAUUUGGAUGGGUGACUAUAUGUAUAGGAGAGUAUUCGUUAAUCAUAAAUACAGCUACCGAAACAGCUACUUUCCAAGCACUGGAUACUUACGAAAUCACUGCUCUGAUGAGACCUUUCUAUAUUUUUGUCUUUAUUGCAGUGGAUCUUGCACACAGGUUUGCUGUCAACACAGCCAUUCUAGAACAGACAAACCAGAUUUUGCACAUCAUAUUUCUUUUUCUGCCGUUCUUAUGGGCAAUGGGAAUUCUGCCCCCGCUUGACGCACUUUUUCUAUGGGGAAUGGAACAACUGUUGGAGUUUGGACUAGGAGGUUCACCUAUGUCAAGUAACACAAAGUUAUUAGUAAUGUUUCUCAUUUCUGCUGGAACAGCAAUAGCAUCGUAUUUCAUUCCCAGCACUCUUGGUGUGAUCCUCUUCAUGACUGGAUUUGGGUUCAUACUGAGUCUUAACCUAAGCGAGAUUGGUUUUGCCUUCAAACACACCAUGAUCAGCCAUUUAGCCUCCAGCAAAUCUAAAAAUAUGCACAGAGGUCUUAGAAUACAAUUUGGGUGGAGGGAAUUUAUUUUUUAUUUGACUGUAUUGACAUUUGCUCUCAUAGAAGCUAGCCUGCUGCAUCAAUUUGCAGGCUUUUCAUCAUUUUCCAAAGCCAGUCCUCAGGCUAUAGCAAGUUACAUUCUGAUCAUAUUACUUAUAAUUAUGUGGAUUCUUAGAGAGAUUCAGAGAGUGUACUUGUUUGGAGUCUUCCGAAACCCCUUUUAUCCAAAGGAUGUCAGGACUGUGACUGUGUUCAUGGAGAAGCAAAGAAGGCUAAUGAAAGUUGGUGUUGUCAGGAGGAUUUUACUAACACUAGUGUCUCCGUUUGCUAUGAUAGCGUUCCUGUCACUAGACCGUUCGCUACAAAAUCUUCAUUCUGUGUCUGUUUGCAUUGGAUUCACAAGAAUAUUUAGGAUGGUCUGGCAGAAUACAGAAAAUGCCCUACUGGACAUAGUGGUUGUGUCAAUAGCACAAAUGUUGGUGUUUAAUCCAGACCUCUGGUGGAACAGGAGCCUUGAUACAGGAAUCAGACUCUUGCUGGUUGGUAUCCUACGGGAUCGACUGCUUCAGUUUGUCUCAAAGUUGCAGUUUGCCAUAGCUAUUCUUUUGACAUCGUGGACAGAGAAAAAACAACGUCGUAAAUCUACUGCCACCUUAAUCACACUCAAUGUCGUUUUCUUCCCGAUCCUGCUGACCUUCAUCGCCAUCUCUGCACUCCUUUCUUCUCCCUUGCUGCCGCUCUUCACGCUACCGGUAUUUUUGAUUGGGUUUCCUAGGCCUAUCCGAAGCUGGCCAGGACCUGUGGGCACUACAGCGUGUGUUUGCUCCGAUAGCGUGUACUACCAGCAGAUGGUUCCAAGUCUGGCUGUUGCUCUGCAGUCUGCACUAGCAGCUGGUAGCCUAG